CUCUGUGAAGAUGAGCUGUGCGAGCUGAAGGCCGAAAAGCCGAUCAUGUUGGCUGAAACUCUGACGGCUAAAGAGAGAGAGUCCCUGGAGGAGAAGGAAGAGCCGGUGGGAGACGGAGAGAAAGGCCAGCAGGAGGAAGAGAAAGAGUUGAAGGAGGAGAAGGAGAAGGAAGAGGAGGAAGAGGAAGAGGAAGAGGAAGAGGAACAAGGAGGAGGGAAGGAUGAAGAGGAGGAGCUGGAGGAGCUGAGAGCUCAGGUGUUACAGCUGCUGCUGGAGCUGGAAGAGACCAGAGAGGUUUCCCAGAGACAGGAGGAGGGUUUCCUCGAGCUGCAGGGUCUGUUAGAAGACGAGCGGCUGGCGAGCGCUCACCAGGCCGAGAGUUUCACCAGACAGAUCCAGAGACUGCAAGCUCAGCUGCGGUCGGUGCAGGAGGAGAUGGACAGCCUGGAGGAGGAGAAGGAGAGCGAGCUGGAGGAGGUGCAGGAGGAGCUCCGUUCGGCCCAGGAGGAGGUGCUGGUGCUGCAGCAGGCGGCAGAGGAGGCGGCGGGCGAGAGGGAGAAUGACAUCGCUUCCCUGCAGGAGGAGCUGUGUCGGCUGCGGGCCGAACUGCAGCGCCUCCAUGCCACGGCGCAGGAGUACGAGCUGGAGGUCACCUCCCUGAGAGCCGAGAUCAGCAUGAAAAGCCACAACGACCACAACACCGCAGCCCACGCCGGUGUGAGUCAGCUGCAGGAGGAGCUGGUCUCUCUGAUGGAUGAGCGUCAGACUCUCUGCAACCUCAACUCAGACCUGAUCAACAAAGUGGAGCAACUGCAGCAACGAGACACGUCUAAUGAUGUGUACCUGGCAGUCAGAGCGGAGGGCGACACUGAGCGCGUGCAGGAGGUGAAGGCCGACUCUUACAUCAGCCUGUCUCAGUCUGGACCCCCCAAGGACCCGGUCUCCUCGGUAGAUCUGGACUCCUCGGUGGAUCCGGACUUCUCGGUGGAUCCGGACUCCUCGGUGGAUCCAGACUCCUCGGUGGUCCAGGAGGAGGAAGAGGUCUGCAGCGUGCUGAAGGUCCAGCUGAGAGAAACUGAAGAGACGGCUCACAAAGUUCAGAGAGAGUGCGACGGUCUGAAGGACGACCUGCUGGAGCUUCAGCAGCUGUACGACAGCAGCCAGCGGGAGCGAGUGGAGCUGGAGCAGGAACUGCAGCGCUGCAAGGCCGAGCUACAGAAACUGAAGGCCAGGAAGUCACAGAACUGCACUCGUCCGUCUGAGCCCCCUGUUCUCUCCAUCCCCUUCAUAGGAAUGAUUGUAAUAGUGGCCUUGAUUUGGUGCUGGUGGGAGGAGCUGGCGUCCUAGAGGGGACCAGGUAUGGCCACGCCCUUCUUUCUCUACCAGACGCUCUGCUUCUUUUAGCAUCCGAGAGCAGCUGAACUGUGGGGUUACAUCCCAGCUAACUGUUGUACAGGAGUUGUUCCUUGUUUGUAUGGACUGAUUUCUAUGAGUUUAAUCUAUCGCAGAUUAAUGACCUCAUUUAAUUUAAAGGCCUCAGACCAAGAUGUGGUCCAAUUAAAGUCAGAGUCCUUCUGUAUCCUCUCAACAACAACUGUCGUUUGUAUCUUUGUACUCUCGAUGCAACUUUACCGCCUGACAACAACCGAUACCAGAUAUAGAGCUGCCCCGACUGAAGAUUGUCCUAGUCGACUAAUUCUCAAAUGUUUCUGAAUUAUAUUGAUUAUAAUCUGUUAACCAGUAGUAAUGAUUGUGAAUCCGAACAAGCAGCAACACAGUGUAACACCAC